AUGGCCUGUCCUAUGAGGUCAGCCAUAGACGAGUCCAGCGGACAGGAUGGCAGUUGCUUGGGAAAUGAAGCGGGUAUGCUCUACGGGGAGUACCUGAUGCUGGACAAACUGCUCAACGCCCAGAGAAUGCUCAGCGCCGAGUCUUCAAAACCUGUACACGAUGAGCAUCUCUUCAUCAUCACACAUCAAGCCUACGAACUUUGGUUUAAGCAAAUUAUCUUCGAAGUAGACUCCGUAAGAUCACUACUAGACGUGGAAGGCCUGGACGAGAGUCACACUAUGGAAAUUCUAAAACGACUGAAUAGAAUCGUCUUAAUUUUAAAGCUUUUAGUAGAUCAAGUAAUGAUUUUAGAAACUAUGACCCCUUUGGACUUUAUGGACUUCAGACAUUAUUUACGGCCUGCGUCUGGCUUUCAAAGUCUUCAAUUCCGACUUUUAGAAAAUAAGAUGGGCUUAAAACAAGCUUUACGUGUGAAAUAUAAUCAAAAUUACCAGACUGUGUUCGGGGAUGACCCUGAAGCAAUGGAGUCUCUGGUCAAGUCAGAGGAAGAACCUGCUCUCUUAGCCCUCAUAGAGCGCUGGUUAGAGCGCACGCCCGGACUCAACACUCACGGGUUCAAUUUCUGGGGCAAGUUCCAAGCUGCCGUCAAUAAGAUGAUUAAGGAAGAUAUUGAAGAGGCUAUGAAAGAACCAAACGAGGAAGUGCGCCGCCACCGGCUCAAGGACGCGGAGAACCGCAGCGAGAUCUACCGCUCGAUAUUCGACCCCGCCGUGCACGACGCGCUGCGCGCGCGCGGCGAGCGCCGGCUGUCGCACCGCGCGCUGCAGGGCGCCAUCAUGAUCACGUUCUACCGCGACGAGCCGCGCUUCUCGCAGCCGCACCAGCUGCUCACGCUGCUCAUGGACAUGGACAGCCUCAUCACCAAGUGGAGAUAUAACCACGUGAUAAUGGUACAGAGAAUGAUCGGCUCCCAGCAGCUCGGCACCGGCGGCUCCUCCGGCUAUCAGUACCUGCGGUCUACACUCAGUGACCGCUACAAAGUUUUCUUGGAUUUAUUCAAUCUAUCAACGUUCUUAUUACCGAGGUCACUCAUCCCGCCCCUCGAUGAAGGGAUGAAGAGAGAUCUCAACCUCACGUGGGGGGAUAAUAAGGAAAACGGGAAAAGCGAACAAAAUGGACUAAAUGACUCGGUUUCUAAAUUAAAUCUAAAUGAA